CUAAACCGAAACAAAUCCCUAAAUAUUUUCCCCAAUUUCUUUCUUCCCUUCCCUUCGAAACCCAUUCGAAUCCCUUCCCUUCAAAACCCAUCCAAAUCCCUAAAUCAAAAUUCUGGAAGAAAGGAAGAAAUCUGGGUUUCUUCCUUUCUUUUGAAACCCAGAUUAGAAAUCCCCAAUCUUUUCCCCAAUUUCUUUCUUCCCUUCGAAACCCAUUUGAAUCCCUAAAUCAAAAUUCCAAAAAUCAGAAAUCUAGGUUUCUUUCUUUCUUUCGAAACCCAUUUUGCCUAAAUCGCAGCUCAAGGGUAUUGGUUUUGUCAUACUCUAUUUUGUUUUUUCUUUUACUCGAGUUACCGGCUUUCCUUUCGAGCAGACUAAGAAGAAGCCAACAGAGUGGUAGCAGCUACGACUUCUUCCUUCUGUUCUGGGGUUACUUCCAAGUCCAAUAGCAACAAAUUCUGUAUCAGCAAGCCAUAUUCAAGAAGUUUGGGUGCUGACAAUGUCUACAGCCAGUGAGGGUUUCGGUUCCGCUUCUACGCCACAAUCACAAUCACGCUUUAAUUGUCAGCAAAUUGGAUUUUGCUACUGUAAUCUUCCACCGAAAGAUGAUGCUAAAAUAGUUCAGUGGUAUGAGCAACAUCCGGAUGAGGAAAAACCAUGGUGUGAUUUUUUUGUUUGGUUUGAUGGUGAAUUUGACCCUCAGGCAAAGGCAUGGUUAACACGCUGUUGGGAGAAGCAGCAAAAAAUGUUAGAGAAAGAGAAAACAUUGAUGACUGAGGUUCUUGAGGUGAAAAAGGAGAAUCUGGAUUUGCAUAGGGAACUCCAUGUGCUGAAGGAUUCAUAUUCUGAACUGGAAAAAAGGGUUGCUACUUUUGAGAGGAGGUCGUUGGAAGUAAAUGUUAGGUAGACUGCUGGAAGUAUUGAUGUACUGAUGCUGUUGUCAAAGUAACCAAUGUAUUUUGCAAUUUAAAUGAAAUGGCAAAGCUUUCUGGACAAUUCCUGUUUCUUCUGUAGCUAUAUCAUAAACUGAUAUAUUGCCAUUGCAUAAAUUGAAAAUGAAUUG